AUGCCCAAGGCAGUUUCUAUAUCCCAAACUCCCGGCAAGCCAGGCCAGGUAUACUACCCACUUCGACUUGACGAGGUGAAUAGGCCAAAUCCAAGGGCGAAUGAGCUCGUCAUCAAACUACACGCUGCCGCCCUUAACCACCGCGACCUCUUUAUCCGGCAGCAUCUAUAUCCAGCCAUCGCCUUUGGCACACCGCUGCUCGCUGACGGCUGUGGCAGAGUGGUUGCUGUUGGCUCCGCUGCCGAUCCCUCUUGGCUUAACAAACGCGUCGUGCUUAACCCCGGGACGGGCUGGAAGGACUCUCCAGAUGGGCCGGAAGCUCAAGAUGGGUACAGGUUAAUGGGCGGAACCAGGAGCAAUGGAGUCGGCACGUUGCAGGAGUUUUGUGUGAUUGAUCAGGAUGAGGUUGAAGAGGCACCGCCACAUCUUACAGAGGUGGAAUGUGCUGCGAUACCAUUGGCAGGUCUUACGGCAUGGCGAGCAGUGAUGGUCAAGUGCGGGGCACGAAAUCUGGGGCCUGGGAAGAAUCUGCUGAUCACAGGCAUUGGUGGAGGUGUUGCGUUAAUGGCAUUGAUGUUCGUCGCGGCCACCGGUGCCAAUGCGUGGGUGACAAGCGGUAACCGGGCCAAGAUAGAUAAGGCCAUAGAUCUGGGAGCGAAAGGUGGCGUGAAUUACAAGGACAAGGGAUGGGAGAAAAGAAUGCUGGACAUGUUGCCAAAGGAAGCCAAGAGGUUCGAUGCAAUUGUUGAUGGUGCUGGAGGAAGUAUCAUUGAGGUGGCGCCAAAAUUGCUCAAGGAUGGAGGCAUUGUAUCCGUAUAUGGCAUGACAACGGGCCCGAAAAUGCCGUUCACAAUGCAGGCGGUGCUGAAGAACAUUGAAGUCAAGGGCUCCACGGCGGGCAAUCGCAAGGAAUUUACGGAUAUGAUAAAUUUCGUCAAGGAGAAGCGAUCAAAGCCAGUUGUGAGUCGAGUGGUUAGGGGGAUUCAGGAUUUGGAGGGGAUCAAUAGUCUGUUUGAGGACAUGAAGCAAGGGAAGCAGCUGGGAAAACUGGUGGUCGAGAUCGAGGGGGAAAGGGAAAAAGGAAGUAAGCUGUAA